AUGCGGAUACCCACCGCUGCAGACAACUUAGUGGCGCAUUCUUUGCUCGUCUGUUAUGUCCCGGUGGUGCGCCAGCUAAAACUUAUUCGGCGGUUCCAAAAGCUGCAGCUUCUUCUGCAUGUGUUGUCUACCACGCUGGACGCUCUCAAGCUUCUUCUCUUCCUCGUUUGCUUGAUUGUGCUGUUCUUUGGUACGAUGCUCUACAUGCUCGAGCCUGCGGAUACAACCACGCUGCCAACAUACAUCUACUGGUGCACGGUGACCGUAACCACCGUGGGAACAUGCGACAUGGCUCCUGUGACAUGGCCCGGGAAGGUGAUGGCUGGAAUCUUGUGUCUCAUCAGUGUGCUUUUUAUGGCGAUGCCUCUUUCUGUCCUGGGCAACGCAAUGUCAAAGACGUGGGAUGACAGGCACCGAAUCCUGCUGAUGACGCAGACCCGUCGACGCUUAAAGCACUUGGGCUACUCUGCAGACGACAUGCCCAAGCUUUUCAAGAAGUUUGACAGAGAUGGCAACGGCGAACUAGAGAUGGAGGAGUUUUGCGACGCUUGUUCUGCAUUACUUGGGAACAAUAGGACCGUUUUGCAGCAACGCUUGAAGUGUUCACCGCAAGAAGCACAAUUAUCAUAA